GGGCGAGUCGAGCUGCGCGCUGAUUGGUCAGAAUCGGAAGACGAAGUUUAUGAAGUUGUCAAACAAUUUUCUGUAAAAUACAAAGGGUUUAUUUUACAUAUUUUGGUGACUCUAGGUUAAUGAUAUAAGUCCGGAAUGGCAGCAAUGGAUGGGGAGCGCUUCGUGUCGCACCUGCAGAGCCUGGGGGUGCCGGGAGCCGAACGUCUGGUGGGCAGUAACUUUGACUGGCUCUUCCUGACUGAUGACGGCUCACCGCUCACCGCCUUCCUGGAGUGGUUCUCGGCUAAUGUUCUGCCCACGGACAUACUUACAGAUGAAGACUUGCUUGAGUUUGAGGAGCUGAAAUCCCGUGGAGAGGUGCUGACGGGCCACCAGCUGGAGGAAAUGGAGGCCUGCCUGUCCGGCCUGCCAACCAGCUUCAACUCUGCCUGCGAGCCAGAUGGGCAGCAGGACGUGCUCUCCCAGGAGGAACGUGAGAGGCUCGAGUCGCAGCUGGAAGUCCUGUCGAUGCGCAAAGAUCAGCUGAGCGCACACAAGAUGGAGCUGCGGGAGGAAGCCUUCAGAGCCAGCAAAAGCGUGAAAGCAGCCGAGGCAUCCCUGAAAUCCCAGCAAGAGUCUAUCCUCAGCACCAGUCGCCAGCUCACCCAUGCUCAUUCCGAGCUGGCCUCCACGCUCGACAAGCUUACGGAUAUUUUUAUCACUUUCAAUAAAACAGUAGAAGAUGAGGCCAAAUUCAUGUCUCAGCUAGACUUUGAAAAGUGGUGUGAUGAGGAGGCUAAGUUUACAGAUAAACUGAAGACUUAUAUCAAAAGACAAUUCAGAGAGGGAAUAGGAGAGAUUGCAGGCAUUGGAGACACCUCAGAGUACUGUCUCUUGGAUGUGGACCACUUGGACCUCCACCUGGUCAGGGGCUCUGGGAAGGCAGAGUAUGCACAGAAUGUAGAGGAACUAAACAGGCUGAACAAGUUGCUCCGGCAGACAGAGGAAUGGCGGCUGGAAGGCCUACUGCUUCAGGCACGUAGGAGAGCAGAAGUGGAGGAAGCAAACCGUCUCUUAGCUGCCAUCCAUAGGACUCAGCUACCUUCAUCUGUCCCACUUCUACAACAGCAAGGUCGAGAUGCAUCAGAGUCGCGAAUGGUAUUGAAACUAAAGAGGGAGCAGCAACAGCAGGUUCUUCUAUCCUUAAUCAGCGAGGUAACGCAGCUGGAGAGUACCAGAACCAUUUGCGGCAACUACCAGCUCAAGUGUCAGCGUCAGGAGUACUUUUUGCAGAAACAGAAAAUAGUGAUGGAUCAUCUGUUGGCUCAAGUGGCACGGCAUGACUGGUUCAAUGUGGCUCUUGACUUGGAGCACCAAAAAAUCAAGGACAUCUUGGAGGUGGCUGGAAGCAUCAAUGCCAUUGUGUCAGAGAGGGAUUCCAGAUACCAGGAAAGGAUGAAACGCUUUGAAAUCCUAAGUAAGCACCAUGAUGAGAUGAAGGCCUUGGGUCAGCUGCCUCCUGCUUUGAUCACCCUGUCACAGCUGAUGCCUCUUCCCACAGUUCCUCAUUCCCAGGAGGAUCAGAAGGAGGCUCCUGUUACUGGCAAGACUCUGGAAAAGCAGGUAGAGAUGCUGCUUAGAGCACUCAACAGUGCAAGGGAACAGAUGGCUACAGCCAGAAAUCCACAGUUCUCAGUGUUAAACAGAAUGUCAAUGAACUGCGCUUUGCUAGAAACAGGUCUAUUUGGUAGUGCUGGGAGUCUGGGAGCUCUUCCUCUGGCCUGGCUGGACCCAGCUGUCGUGGAGAGGUACUCAAACCUUGAUGAGAAGGUUUGGAAAUUCAAACAGAAACUCCUAAAACUUAUCAGUGAACAUGAAGAAAAGAAAAAGAUUCUCCAAAUUGAACCAACUGUGCGUGAAGGAUUUUAUGAAAUGGACAAAGAAUCUAUUAAAAGGCACUAGAUGAAAGUGAUGUUUUUUUCAUGGAUUUAUGUAAUUCAAGCUGCUGUUAAAGUUAUAUAAAGUUAGUUCUGUAUACUCUAUAUUCUUGUAAUAUUGUGCCCUCUAUAAUCUGUUAACUGAUAAAUACCAUUUGAUAUAAUUAAUAAUGAAA